AAGUUUCUCUCAGACAGAGAGAGAGAGGGAUUCAUGCGAUUUUCCUCCAUUUCUAGCGCUUGAGCUUGCUAAAACUCUCGCCGGAAAGCCGAUCCACUUUGCCGGGAAAUGACGGUCUUCGGGCACUCCGGGGGCGGAUUCCUCACCGGGAAGCAAGUUUUUCCGGUGGAUUACGAGUCGGAUGUCUCGCACCGGCUCGUGGAAGCGUCGCAUUGCGGCGAUCUGAAGUCGGCUUUGGAAUGCAUCGCCGAUCCGUUCGUGGACGUAAACUGCGUCGGCGCCGUGUGCCUUAGGUCGAGGAAGGCGGAGGUGUUGCUGCACGACGAGUCGGCCGAUGAAGUCCGGGUCGUGUAUGAGGAGUUCAAGACCGACGUUUCGCCGCUCUUCCUCGCUGUUCACGCCGGAAAUCUGACGCUCGUACGGAAACUCCUGAGUGUCGGUGCAGACGUCAAUCAGAAGCUUUUCAGAGGAUUCGCGACGACGGCAGCGGUGAGGGAGGAUCUCCUCGAGAUCUUGGAGAUCCUCCUCAAGGCAGGUGCAUCACAGCCAGCCUGCGAAGAAGCUUUGUUGGAGGCGAGCUGUCAUGGCCGUGCGAGGCUUGCCGAGCUGUUGAUGGGAUCUGACAUGAUCAGGCACCAUGUUGCUGUGCACGCGCUCGUGACGGCUAGCUGUAGAGGGUUCGUCGAUGUGGUCCAUGCGCUCAUUAAGUGUGGGGUGAAUGCGGAUGCCACGGACCGCAUGCUGCUCCGUUCAUCAAAGCCGUCCCUACACACGAAUACGGACUGCACGGCACUCAUCUCAGCAAUUGUAAGCAGGCAGGUCUCUGUGGUGCGGCAGUUAUUACAGGCUGGUGUAAGAACGGACACCAAAGUCAGUCUGGGAGCCUGGUCAUGGGACACUGCUUCAGGUGAAGAAUUCCGGGUGGGUGCAGGACUUGCAGAGCCCUAUAGCGUCACCUGGUGUGCAGUAGAAUACUUUGAAGCCUCCGGCUAUAUCCUGCGCAUGCUCCUGCAGCACCAUUCACCCAAUGCACUGCACUUCGGAAGGACCCUCAUCCACCAUGCCAUCCUCUGUGCUAAUGCUGGAGCGCUCGCCGUCCUGUUGGAAUGUGGUGCUGAUGCCGAGUUCCCAGUUAAGACAACUAGAAAAACUGAGUUCCGGCCGAUACACAUGGCUGCCCGCCUUGGAUUGACCACCAUCCUCCAGUCCCUGAUCAGUGCUGGCUGCAACCUUGAUUCUCGAACUGAAUCUGGUGACACAGCCAUGAUGCUCUGUGCUAGAUACAGGCGAGAUGACUGCCUCCGUCUUCUCGCCGCAGCUGGUGCUGAUUUUGGUCUGGUUAACUUGACCGGCCAGUCUGUUGGGUCGAUUGCCGGAUCAAACAAAUGGGCUCUUGGAUUCCAGCAAUCGGUUCUUGAUGUUGUUCGUGCUGGCAAGAUCAUCCAUUCAAGCAAUGAAUCUGUCUUCUCGCCGUUGAUGUUCGUGUCUCGUUCAGGAAAUGUUGAGGCUCUGACAGCGCUUCUUGAGUGGCCAGGGAUAAACCUUGAUGAGCAAGACGAGAAUGGAAUCUCGCCAGUCAUGGUUGCUGCGAUGGAGGGCCAUGUCGAAGCCUUCCGCUUGCUGGUUUUUGCAGGUGCCGACGUAAGGCUUUGCAACAGAUCUGGUGAGACAGCCAUCUCGCUGUCUGAAAUGAACAACAACCGUGAUCUCUUCGAGAAGGUGAUGCUUGAAUUUGCCCUUGAAAAGGGCAACCGUGGUGCUGGAGGAUUCUAUGCAUUGCACUGCGCAGCCCGACGGGGAGAUGCAGCAGCAGUGCGACUGUUGACGAGCCGGGGCUACGACGUCAACAUCCCUGACGGAGAUGGGUACACCCCACUCAUGUUAGCAGCAAGGGAAGGCCAUGGGUCCCUCUGCGAGCUGUUGAUUUCAUGUGGGGCCCUGUGUGAGAUCAAAACUGCAAGAGGUGAGACAGCGCUCUCGCUUGCCAGGAAGAACUGCAGCAUCAACAGCGAUGCAGAGCGUGUGAUAUUGGACGAGUUAGCUCGGAAGCUGGUGUUGAGUGGUGGUCGAGUAUUGAAGCACACUAAGUGCGGAAAGGGAGCACCGCACAGGAAGGAGAUGAGGAUGGUGGGGGCUGCAGGGGUGUUGCGGUGGGGGAAAUCCAGUAGGAGGAACGUGAUGUGCAGGGAGGCGGAGGUGGGACCGAGUUCGGCAUUCCAGAAGAACCGAUGGAAGAAAGGGGACGCGCACGAGCCGGGGGUGUUCCGGGUUGUGACGACAAAGAACAGGGAGUUUCAUUUCGUUUGCGAGGGAGGGGUGGAAAUGGCAGAGCUGUGGGUGAGGGGGAUUAAGCUGGUCACAAGAGAGAUUUUUGGGAAGGGAAAAAAAUGUUAAGAUAUGUUAUAUGAGCGAUGAUGGAUACAUGGAGAAAACUUAGAAUGUAAAGAGAAGUUUGGGAGAGAGAGAGAGAGAGUGUGGAGUACUUCAUCUCGAAGUCUCGUGUUUUUUUUUUUUUUUUUUUUGGUUUUUAUUUUUACCUGGCUAUGUGGAUGUAAAGCUUGACUGUAGAGAGGUGUAAAACCGUUGUUGGGAAGUGGGGGUGUAGUUUUUUGUU